AUGGCGGAUUCCUAUGCCUGUAAAGGUGGAAGGAAAACUGCAGGCUCUCACAAACCCACUGCCAGCAAAGAAAGCAGGACGGAGACAAGGAUAAACCCACCGGCAGAGCUGCCCAAGCUCGGAAAUGCAACCAGUGACAAAACCGAAGGCAGGAAGAAAGGACGACCCAAGGCUGAGAACCAGGCGCUGAAAGACAUCCCCCUCCCUUUGAUGAACCAGUGGAAGGAUGAAUUCAAAGCCCACUCCAGGGUGAAAUGUCCCAAUUCAGGCUGCUGGCUGGAGUUCCCCAGCAUUUAUGGCUUGAAGUACCAUUAUCAGCGCUGCCAAGGGGGCGCAAUCUCAGAGAAGCUGACGUAUUCAUGCUCAUACUGCGAAGCUGCCUUCACCUCCAAAACCCAGCUAGAAAAGCAUCGGCUCUGGAAUCACCUGGACCGGCCCGUGCCAACCAGCAAAGCAGAAAACAAAGUGCCAAAGGCCAUUGGGAAGAGCAGUGGCAAGAAAAGAGCUGCUGAGAGUUCAGCUUGCCCCACCAUCCAUCCCAAACAGGCAAAGACGGAAAAAGCCGUGGCCCAGGACCACGCCGAGAAUGGCGAGUGCCUGGCAGAGAGCCGGGAGAGCAAGGAGUUUCAGAUCGCAGCAGCCGAGGCAAUGGCAGCCGCCACCCCCACGGCAAAGUCCUCGAGCGGCAAGGAUGCCAUGCAGCAGGGGGGCAGCCAGGCCUCGCUGCAGGAGGAAGACCCCGAGAGGAUGAAGCACAGAAGGAAACAAAAAACUCCUAAGAAAUUUACGGGGGAGCAGCCGUCCAUCUCGGGGACAUUUGGACUGAAAGGUCUCGUUAAAGCAGAGGACAAGGCAAAAGCCCAUCGAGCCAAGAAACUGGAGGGGAGCACGAACACGGAGGAGCUGAAAAAGAAACCCCCAGGAGCUGGUGUGAAGAAGGAAACGGCUGUGCAUCUUCCAGCAGCAAACCCCGAGGACCAGUGGCAGCGAGAGAUCAGCGAGAAGGGUGAAGUCGCCUGUCCAACCUGUGGCGUUAUAACCAGGAAAACUGUUGUGGGGCUCAAAAAGCACAUGGAUGUCUGCCAGAAACUGCAGGAUGCCCUGAAGUGUCAGCACUGCAAAAAACAGUUCAAGUCCAAAGCUGGGCUGAAUUACCACACCAUGGCUGAACACGUCAGCAAGGGCUGUGUGGCCAACUUCUCCAGCCUGAUGGGCUACCAAUACCACCAAAAGCGGUGUGGGAAGCAGCUCGCCGAGGCUGACAAGCCUGUCUUCAGCUGUCCACACUGCGGCAAGAAGUACAAAUCCAAGGCCGGUCAUGACUACCAUGUGCGGUCAGAACACACGGCCUCGGUGAGCCCCCUGGACGCCUCCGCAGCCCGAGGAGCGGGGCCAUCCCCCCCCGGGGGUGACUGCAGAGCUGCAGAGCCUGUGGGCAGGACAGAGCCGGGCAGGGCCGGGCCGGGCAAGCCUCCGGAGGAGCCAGAGGUGAAGCCGGAGCCUGGCCCCAUAGAAGAUUUCGAAAGGACUCCGAGCGGCCGCAUUCGUCGGACGUCAGCCCAAGUAGCCGUCUUCCACCUUCAGGAGAUAGCGGAGGAUGAGCUUGCUAAGGAUUGGACCAAGCGGAGGAUGAAGGAUGACCUGGUGCCUGAAACAAAGCGGCUCAAUUACACCCGACCGGGGCUUCCAAAGCUCAAUCCGAGGCUGCUGGAAAACUGGAAGAACGAAGUGAAGGAGAAGGGCCGCAUCAACUGUCCCAACAACUGCUGUGAAGCCAUUUACUCCAGCGUCUCGGGGCUGAAAGCUCACCUGGCCAACUGCAACAAGGGGGACCACUCAGUGGGCAAGUACCGCUGCCUCCUGUGCCAGAAGGAGUUCAGCUCUGAAAGCGGGGUCAAGUACCACAUCAUCAAGGCUCACUCGGAGAACUGGUUCCGAACCUCCGCAGAGGCCAGCCGGAAAAAGAAAAGCAGGGAACAGCUUUCUUCCAGCAAAGAGGAGAAAAAGAAAAGCACAAGCGGGAAGAAAAGGGGGAGGAAGCCCAAGGAGAGGCCUCCAGAAACGUCCCCGAAGGGCAGAGAGAACGUGGCAGCAAAGACUAAUCACAAGAAAACGCUCGAGCACUGGGAAGGCUCCCGAGGCAGCCCCGACGGGGAUGAGCGCAUCCCCAAACCCCCGAGCCAGCGGAAGGGGGGAGCCAGCAAGAUGCCCGAGAAAUGAGCAGCUCAGAGACUCGUCUCCGAGGAUUCGUUUACAGCCCAGGGUAACAGGGUGGGGGUCUCUCCCAGUUUUCUGUGCCCCCUGUCCCACCUCCCCCCCCCACCCUCCCCUCACCCCCUUUUUACAAAAAAAAAAAAAAAAAAAAAAAAAAA